UCGAUGCCUCCUCUGAGGAAUCAAAGCUGGAAGGAGCGGCCGAUCCCCCCGAGGGCUGUGUGGCCCUUCAGAGGGACCUCGGCAGGUUGGAGAGAUGGGCAAAGAGGAAAUUUCUGGAAUUCAACAAGGGCAAGCCCAGGUGCUGCACCUGGGGAGGAACAACCCCAGGUACCUACACAGGCUGGGGGUGACCUGCUGGAGCAGCUCCGUGAGAAGGAGCUGGGAGUCCUGGUGACAAUGAGCUGUCCCCGAGCCAGCAGAGUGUCCUGGGGACAAGAGGCCAGUGGGAUCCGGGGGUGCAUUGGGAAGAGCAUUCCCAACAGGCCAGGGAGGGAUCCUGCCCCUGUGCCCAGCCCUGGGAGGCUCUGGGGUGCUGUGUCCAACCCUGGCUCCUCAGCACAGCAGGGACAGGAGCUCCUGGAGCUCAGGAAGGGCCUGGAGCAUCUCCGUGCCCAGGAGAGGCUGAGAGAGCUGGGGCUGCUCAGCCUGGAGAGGAGACACAGCUGAGAGGGACCCUCAGCCCUGGGGGUCCCUGGCUGUCCCCAAGUGUCCCUGGCGGUCCCUGGGUGUCCCUGGUUGUCCCCGAGUGUCCCUGUCUAUCCCUGGAUAUCCCUGGGGGUCUCUGGGUGUCCCUGGUUGUCCCUGAGUGUCCCUGAGUGUCCCUGGCUGUCCCUGAGUGUCCCUGGCUGUCCCUGGCUGUCCCUGGCAGUCCCUGGCAGUCCCUGGGUGCAGGGAGGGUCAGAGCAGGGCCAGGUUCUGCUCCAGGCCCAGCAAUGGCACCAGAGGAACGGGCAGGGACCGAUCCCAGGAAUUCCUCCGGCACAGGAGGCAGAACUUGUGACCUGGGCAGUGCCCAGCCCUGAGCAGAGCCCAGAGAGGCUGUGGAGUCUCCCUGACCGGGAUAUUCCAGAAUUAUCGGGAUGUCAUCCUGAGCCCUGUGCUCUGGGACGGCCCUGCUGGAGCGUGGAGGUGCCACCAGGUGCCCACUGUGCUCCCUUCCAUUCUGCAAUUCUGCAAUUCUGGGAUUCUGUGUCCCGCGGGGAAGCGCCGCUGCGGUGGAACCCCUGGGUGGGUGCGGGGGGUGUUCAGCCCUUUCCCGGUGAUUGACAGCUGUCAAUCACUGCGGGGGCUGCCGGCCGGCGGGGGCCGCUGUGGCGGCGGCGGAAGCGGAGGAGGAAGAGGAAGCGGCGCUUCUUGGCGGCAAGGGGAGGCGGCGGCCGGGCACGGCAGGAGCGGCGGCGAGCGAGGGCCGCUCCGAGCCGGGAGCUCCAGCUCUCCGCUGCGGGAGGCACGGGAAGGAGCGGGCCGGCCCCGGUGUGCGGCGGCCGGAGCGGGGCUGUGGUGUCCCGCUGUGUCCCUUGGGCAGCCCCGGUGCCUGUCCCGGCUCUCCCGGUGCGGGGAUGGAGCUGGCGGGCGGCAGCACCAUCUCGCUCUGGACCGUGGUGGCGGCCGUGCAGGCGCUGGAGCGCAGCGUGGCCGCACACGCGUCUCGCCUCUUCAGCCUGGAACACCGGGCCGGCAACAGCGAGAAGAAACACCUGGACUGCGAGAAAAUGGUCGGGGAGUUCGGGAACCAGCUGGAGAGCAAGUGCGCGGCGCUGGGCACCCUCAUCCAGGAGUACGGGCGGCUCCAGCGGCGCCUGGAGAACAUGGAGAACCUCCUGAAGAACAGGAAUCUCUGGAUCCUGCGGCUGCCCCCCGGCGUGGAGGUCCCCAAGGCCCCGACUGUGGCGUUGGAAAACGAUGCCACUGGCUUUUCCUCUCAGGAGUGGGAGAACCUGGAGGAGUGGCAGAGGGAGCUGUAUGGAAAGGUGCUGACAGGGAAAAGAGAAGCCCCGGUCCUGCUGGACGAUGUCAUCUCCGAACCUGCCCUCCUGUCCCGACUCCAGGGAGGAGAAGCACCCUGCAGUGAGGAGGAGGCGGCUCCCAGAGAGAUCCCAGCAGAACCAGAGGCUCUGCUGUUUGAACUCAACGUGAGCAGCUGGGACAGCAGAGAAGCGCAGGAAAACCAGGAGGGAAGAGGAGGCCUGGCUGAACCUGGCCAUGCAGACUGCAGCAUUCCAGAGCCCAGCUUUGCUGUCACUGUGAAACAGGAAGAGGAGGAAGAGCCGUAUGCAAAGGAAAAGGCCACCAUGGAGGGCGUGGAGUUUUCUGAGCUUGCUGUGGGGCUGGACGCCGCCGGACACAACACCCAGGCCCUGGCGGAGGGCGGGAACCGGCCGAGUGCCCGGAGCUGCGAGGACCGGGAUGUGAGAGGGAAUCCCGAGGAGACCGGCACCGAAGACAGCAUAAUCCAGAUUAAGCAAGAGGAAGAGUUGUGCACUGCAGAUCAGGAGGAGGAGGCUGCAGAAGCUCCAGGAGAGCCCUGCCCGGAGAGAGGAUUUUACGAGCCUGAGGCACCCAGUCAGACCAGGAAAGGCAGCGAGGUGGAUUCCAGGGAGCUGCCAGGCACAGAGGGUGAGGACCUCCCGAGAGAUCCUGACACAGGAUUUCAGACUUAUGCAACGGAUAUUUCAUCCUGGAUUAAACAAGAGGAGGAGCCACCCUGCUCUGAGCAACAGCACUUGGAGAAAGAGGAAAUCUCUGCAGAUCCAAGUACAGAUGAAAAUUUGAGGAGAGACCAUCCAGCAGAAUGCUUAGAGAGCAAGACCUGUGACUUAGAGGUACCAGGAAGGCCGGGAGAGGGGUUUCCCAGAGAUCCCAGCCAUGGAGUGACAUGGGACAGCCAGUGGAAUUCAGAAAUGAUGGGAGCAGCCACCACAGGGAAUGGGAACAGCCUUGGAGGUGAUGCUCAGUACGAUUUCUUUCGUGCUCAGGGAAAGAGCCUGGAAAAGCAGCCCUGUGUGUACAAGUGUGAGAGAAACUGCCCACAGCAGGAGCAGCCUCAGGCUCCACAGGGAGAAGGGGAGAUGUUUCCAGGCCCCAGGUGUGAGAGGAUGUUCCCUCUGCUGCACCCACACCCAGGAGAGACGGGAAUGAGCCUGGGAGAGACGGGAAUGGGCCUGGGAGCUGCUCCCACCUCCUUCGAGGGGCCAGGCUUUGAGUGUGGAGAGAAUCCCUCGGGCACAGGCAGGCAGGACAGCCUGAGCACAGAGGAACCUGCUGAGAACGAGGAGAGCUUCCCCACGGACACAUCGGGAUCCAGCCCCUGCUGGGAGCCACCCCUGGCCCGGGGCAGCCCUGCCCAGCAGCAGAGCCAGGGCCGGGGUAAAUCCUACAUUUGCAGCGACUGUGGGAAAAACUUUGUUUGCCAUUCGUGGCUCGUUAGGCACCAGACAAGUCACACAGGAGAGAGGCCCUACAAGUGCUCCAAGUGUGACAAAACCUACAGGAGGAAGGAUUACCUCCUGAACCACCAGCGCAGGCACACGGGAGAGAGGCUUUUCCAGUGUUCUCUCUGCAGCAAAAGAUUUGUGCUCAAGAGGAGCCUGCUGAAGCACCAGGAAGGUCACAUGCAGGACACCCACGUGUCGCUGGUCAGCUGGCCCUGCAGGAACAUCAGGGACUCUGUGAUGAAUUCCAUAUAGGACGUCCCCCACAGCCCCCUCGGUGUCCCCUCGCUGGGCCAGGGUGGCACCCCUAGCUCUGUGCCAGACCCUGCUGGCAGGAGGAGGCUGUGGUGCAGCCACCUCAGGAAAAAGGAGGUGGCUGGGGGUUAUUUUCCGUGUUAGACAGCAUUCACCAGUGCCUGUGGACUUGGGGAGGUGAAGUCUGGAGGUGCUGCUGGCUGUGAGUCCAUGUGGGAAGAGAAAACGCGUUGACAUUGAACAAUUUGUGGCGUGUGUUACAAAGAAGAGUUGUCUGAACAGAGAGAAUUAUCCAAAAUGUUAUCCCAGGAGUCUGGAGUCCUUGGACUGGGCUGGGAACAAGUGAAUUAAAGGUAUUAAUUGUCCACUAAAGGAGUGAGAGGUGUCAGGAAGCGCCCACUUGGGUGAGAUGCUUUGGGAAAGGAAGUGCUGCCCCAUGGCUGGAGGAGGAAGCUCUUUUCCUCUGUGGCAAACAGAAAGAAGGCUGCAGAGCCUGGGAAUCAGCUUAUUCCCACUGGUAAAUCCUGGAGCUCCUCGCUGCUGAACCCCAAGGGAGAAUUCCUGGAGGGUGAGAGCCUUCCUGGGAGUUGUAAAAUGGGUGGGUGAGCCUGGAAUAUGGUUUAAAUUCUGCAUAGCCUUAAAGCUGUGUUGCAUUUCUUUUCCCACAUUGUUCAUGAUCUUCUGUGUGUGUUCAAUUUUCCAAAUGCUGGGAAAGCAGAACAUGGAGAUGCUGCAGAAACCUGGCAAAUAAAGAGUUAAUGAGCUGCUGGGUCCUAAACACUGAUAACAGGAUCAUGGAGAGGAGGCCAUGUGGAGGUAGGGUAGCUCUGCUCCUCCAACCUCCUCCCUCAGCUCUGUGUCCCACUCCCAAGGGGAAAGAAGGUUUGUAGAUGCCCGUGGUCAAAAUGGUGUCAGAAGAAUCCAAAAAAGCUCACCAAGUUUUAAUAGCAAAUUCCACUCUCAGCAUGGGAAUUGGUAUUUUUGCCCUUCUUGUAAAAGAAAAGAGGGAGAAGAGAGGGAGAUCAGAGGGACAAAAGGGAGGACAUCACCAGUCCUGACAGCAUCCAGGAUCCCAGAAGUGCCCCUGUGAGCCUUGGAUCACUCUUCUACAGCCAAGUUUUCCGCACCCUGGAGCUACUACUUUUCACUUUUGAUGCAAACAAGUCAGCAGACACAGUCCAUCCCUCUGGAUCAUUUUAGAAAUGGAUCAGGGGUUUUGGUUUUGAUUCCCCCAAGACUGAUCACCUUUGUUGGACACUCCAUGCUCUGUGCUGUGCAUGCUGUGCUUACCCCAAGAGCCAGAACCAAGAAUGUUUGUCCCAAAAAAGAGCUGUCCCAGCUUGGGACUCUAUUUGCUUUAGCAGAAUUCAGGGAAAGAGAAUUAUUUGAGAAUUUAGACAGGAAAAAGCUUGGUAGAGACAAACAAGACCCCAGAGAGAAAAUGAAAGGGAGGAAAAGAGGUGAAUUAUUGCUGUCAGUGAAAACUGAGCAGCUGCAGCAAGAGUUAAGGAAGAAAAGGAGGAAGACAAGCCCAAAACUGGAAAAAUCAAAAGGGCUGAAAAUAUCAGAGGGUCCCUCUCUGCAGCUUCAAGCCUCAAGCUUGUCCCUUGUUAGCCAGGUUUGGGACACAGCAGCACUUUAACUCCUUGGUGCCCGGGGUGCUGCACCCACAGCUCUCACUGGGGCCAACUCAGCUGCAACUCCAGAUGUUCCCUUUCCUGCCAGGAAUUUGCCAUUGUUGUACUUUAAUUUGAAAUGAAGGAGUGCAGGUGCUGCGUGGAGUCUCCCUGCACUGUAGCCUCUGGAAUUCUUUUGGGGUUAAGGUUGGCAGAUUCCUGUUUCUCACCCAGGAGCCAUAAAUUAAUCUGAGCAGUUUGGCACAUGAGCAUUUCCUCCAGGGAUUUUAACUCUUUGUCCUCCGGGUUCUACACCAGCAUCCUGCUAUGUUAAUACUGGAUAUUGUGCUCCCGUGUCUAUUAAAAAUUUUUAGUAAUAAAGUUUAUAAAUACAUA